CAGUAUGCACUUGACAUGACCACAAAUAUUGCUUUUGAGAUCAUUCAAAAAUAUGAGCCUAUUGAAGAAGUUAAGAGAGCACAUCAGAUGUCGUUUGAAGGUUUUACAAGAUACAUGGGUUCACCUGAAUGUCUAGUAUUUAAAACUGAUUGUGGAAAAGUUUAUCAAGAUAUGACUCAACCAUUAAAUGAUUAUUUUAUUUCAAGUUCACAUAAUACAUACUUGGUAUCUGACCAGUUACUGGGACCAAGUGACCUUUGGGGAUAUGUAAGUGCCCUUGUGAAAGGAUGCCGUUGCCUGGAAAUUGACUGCUGGGAUGGAUCACGAAAUGAACCUGUUGUAUACCAUGGUUAUACACUCACCAGCAAGCUUCUGUUUAAAACUGUUAUCCAAGCAAUACAGAAAUAUGCAUUCAUAACAUCUGACUACCCAGUGGUGCUCUCUUUAGAAAAUCACUGCUCCCCUUCCCAACAAGAAGUGAUGGCAGACAUUUUGCAGUCUGUUUUUGGAGAUGCCUUGCUUUCUGAUAUGCUUGAUGAUUUUCCAGACAAACUACCUUCACCACAGGCAUUAAAAUUCAAAAUAUUAGUUAGAAACAAGAAAAUAGGAUCCUUAAGGGAAACCCGUGAAAGAAAAGGCUCUGAUAAGCACGGUCAGGUAGAGGAAUAUGAAGAGAUAGAUGAAGAUGUGGAGGAUGAAGUCAAAGGAUCACAAGCUUUGGCUGUUUUAGAAAACGAUUCAGAAAAGGAACCAAGGACAACACCUGUAACUGGAUUACCACUUUUCAGGAGAAGGAGGGUAAAAGUGUCUAUGGCCCUAUCUGAUCUUGUCAUUUAUACCAAAGCUGAGAAGUUCAGAAGCUUUCGGCAUUCAAGAUUGUAUCAGCAGUUUAAUGAAAGUAAUUCUAUUGGGGAGUCAGAAGCCCGAAAACUUUCAAAGUUGAAAGCUCAGGAGUUUAUUCUUCACACCAGGAAGUUCAUUACCAGAAUUUAUCCCAAAGCAACAAGAGCAAACUCCUCUAAUUUUAAUCCUCAAGAAUUUUGGAAUAUAGGUUGCCAAAUGGUGGCCUUAAAUUUCCAGACCCCUGGUUUGCCUAUGGAUCUUCAAAAUGGGAAAUUCUUGGAUAAUGGUGGUUCUGGAUAUAUUUUGAAACCACAAUUCCUAAGAGAUAUUGAAACACAGUUUAAUCCAAAUGAAACACCAAAAGACAUUGAUCCAGUUACACUCACGAUAAGGCUCAUCAGUGGUAUCCAGUUACCUCCCAGUUACCAUUCAUCAUCUAACAAAGCAGACACACUAGUGGUUCUAGAAAUUUUUGGUGUUCCAAAUGAUCAUGUGAAACAGCAGACUCGUGUAAUUAAAAGAAAUGCUUUUUGUCCAAGAUGGAAUGAAACAUUCACAUUCAUUAUUCAGGUGCCAGAAUUGGCUCUGAUGCGUUUUGUUGUUGAAAAUCAAGGUUUAAUAACCGGAAAUGAAUUUCUUGGCCAAUAUACUUUACCAGUUCUAUGCAUGAACAGAGGUUACCGUCGUGUUCCUCUGUUUUCCAAACUGGGCGAGAGUCUGGAGCCUGCUGCCCUCUUUAUUUACGUGUGGUACAUCAGAUAGCGACUAACA